CAAAAUGGCAGGUCCUUGGAACCUGUUUACGUUUUUGACAUUUGGAAUUUGGAUCUUUGCAUUCGCCUUCACAAGUGCAUCUGUAUCCUACUGUUGGUAUGGUGAUAUUGAAUCUCAUGCAUCAUUGAUGAAUGAAACAUGUGCAUCAGGAAAAGUGAGCAUGGCUAACAUUGUGUCCCGAGAGAAUGGUGCCGCUACAACGCUACCACCACCACAGAACUUGACUCACUCAACGGCGGGGGCAGCUGUGUCCGUCAGUAAAGUUGCACACUGCAUGAUCUUCAGGUACAUGAAGCACACCGAGAUUGGGGCAAGACAGAAGACCUAUGAAAUCAGCAUGUACGCCAACUACUCGUGUGACCAUCCUGGGUUGUGUAAAGGCAUAAGAAGUGGAUGGUUGUUCAAUGUGACAUACAAAGGUCUCCAUGGAGAUGUUUACUGUUGCAACACCAGCCAGUGCAACAUCCACAUUCAGGGCAUUCCUCCGCAGCAACAAAUCUGCUACUCUGGGAGCAACAUCACUCUCAGACCCACAGCCAGUCUUGAAGUCUGUAAAAUUCCUGUUUGUGGUCGGGCCACUUGGAAGCAGGAUGGGAAGAGAGUGACUCAGUAUUUCUGUGAUAACUUCUCUUACUGUCAACAAAAUGGCAUCACAGUUGGUAAUAACAGCAACUGCAAGCAGGUACCCAUGGGUACGACCAACAGGACGGAGGAGCUGUGCUGCUGUAGCCGGAACAAGUGUUACAUCCCAUCAUGGCCAGUCAAACAGCAGAGCAAGCAGCGAUCCUCCAACAGCAGCAGCAACAAGCAGUGGAUCAUUGCAGGAACUGUCAUCACUCUCACGUUCUGCUUCGGAGUUGGUGCUGGUAUUCUACUGGCUCUCAUGCAGCAUCGGAAGAAUGCAAGGGGAGAUAAUCAUGUGGCCCUGAUGUAUCGGAGGAUUGGGGAGUGUGACAGGCAAGGAGAUGAAGAUGUGCUGAUAACAUAGGUCAGGAUCUGCGGGAUAACACAAAACCUGUUGCUUGACACCAUAACUACAACAGCAUAAUGUUGUUGUUUCAAAAUCACCAAAUUUAAUUUGAAAGCAGUUGCCUUAAUUUUGUUAUCCUGAAGAUGUGGCCCUAAUGUGAUACCUUAGACGGGCCAUAUCGAUCAACUCUUGUUGCCUCUAAAAUAUUUCUUUUGGAUGCCAAAAGUAUCCAUUACACCUUAUUGCAACUGCAAUGUUGAUUCCUUUGUUGAUCUUCCUAUCAGGACAAGAAUAUAUUUUAUUUUAUUUUAUUUUGAGAAAAUGAGAGUUAUAUUAACGUCAGAUAUAGGUUGGCUUGGUACCCGUAGAUGACUUUGACCUGUUCAACAAAGGUAUCUUAAUGCUACCACUGUAUAUAUUGAAACAUGCUUCGUACAAACUAGCCAUGUGUAUUCAUUCUUUUACUGUGGUAGCUGUACCAGGUAUGUUUGUUAACUGUACAGUUAACAUGGCGUUCACUUGCUAGAUAAACUUGCAGUAGUCGUAGCCUCGAACUUGGUGCUUCGUACACCCUAGCCGUGUGUAGAGUAGGUAUUCACACUUUUACUGUGGUAGCUGUAUGUUUGUUAACUGUACAGUUAACAUGGCGUUAACUUGCUAGAUAAACUUGCACUAGUCGUAGCCUCGAACUUGGUGCUUCGUACACCCUAGCCGUGUGUAGAGUAGGUAUUCACACUUUUACUGUGUUGUCAUAUGUUUGAUGAAUUUUCCUAAUGUACAGUAAACAUGCCGUUAUGCUAUGUGACUAUUGUCACUAACAUGAAGCCAUCUAUAUUGUUUGUAGUGGUGUAUAGAUGAUAGGAUGCAACCUGAACAUGCCACUGUGUUCAAGGGCCAGUCUGUGUAGUAAAUACUGUAAAUCUUGAAAUCAACGAAAGCAUGAAUUAAAUGCAAAAGAUGCGAGUGGUCCUUGUUCGCAUUCAUGAAACUUUGCAUCUGUGUCUAAAAAAUUACUAUGAACAAUAAGAGGGCCUCACUGCACACUUUGGACAGCAGUUACUUACUUAAAUUGGGAAUUUAACUUGCACUUUCAGACAUAUGCGUAUUUCGCGCACGGGCCCGCCAGGACAUUUAGUGUUUGGUCGAAAAGGGUACGUCCGAAAAGGGGAGGCAACCUAGGGGGACUUUAGGGUUGCUUACUUAAUUUGGAGAACAAAUUUGGAAUUUUGAAAUAAGCAGAAAUACCAAACUGAAUAUAUACACAAACAGUUUUACUGAGCAGCAGAUGUAACAAGUAUAUAACAAUGUUAUUCAAAGAAUAGGAAUUACACAA